GUUUCCUACUGUCGUGAAUUCCCUAACUGCAGCCAAAGCUGUCACACGUACGGUAGCUACAUUGAAAUCAAAUUUGCACAAGCUGCUGCAGAAAGAAAAACAAUGGCAGACGAAGAGAAUCUACCUUCUGGUUGGGAGAAAAGAAUGAGCCGUAGUUCAGGCAAAGUGUACUACUUUAACCACAUCACUAAUGCCAGUCAGUGGGAACGUCCGGUGGGAGACGGCCGUGGAGAGCCAGACAAAGUUCGCUGCUCUCACCUCCUGGUGAAGCACAACGAGUCGCGUCGUCCUUCCUCUUGGCGAGAACAGAACAUCACACGGUCCAAAGACGAGGCGCUGGAUCUCAUUCAGAAGUACAUAGAAAAGAUCAAGUCUGGAGAUGAGAAGUUUGAGUCCUUGGCUUCUCAGUUCAGUGACUGCAGCUCAGCGAAGAAUGGUGGAGAUCUGGGAUUGUUUGGCAGAGGACAAAUGCAGAAGCCUUUUGAAGACGCCUCCUUCGCUCUCAAAGUGGGAGACAUGAGCGGUCCUGUUUUCACUGACUCUGGAGUCCACAUCAUCCUACGUACAGGUUGAAAGGAACAAGCCAAACACUGUAUUUCCCUCUUAAUACACACACAGACACACACACAAGCACACAAAGUAAAACCAAACUAGACCUGUGAUUUAACUCCAUGACACAUGCCACCCAAUAAACAAAGCUUCUGGGCUGACUUGCAUUAUUUUCAAUGGGAUCAAUUCAUCCCAGGCACAUGAUACUAUUACACCUAACAUCAAGGAGAAUUGCAGAGUUUUCUUGUAGGACCUCAAGCUUUUAUUAACAAUGUCAAUAUAUAAAAACAUGAGUGCCUGUGACUCUGUUGAAGUGACGGGUUAACAGUUUCACACGAUGUGCGAAGUUUGAGAAUGCGUCGACAUAAGCGUAGAAGCUUGUGUUUUUGUAUGUGCAUGUUUUCAAGAGGACCAUUUACUGUCUGUUUUAUCUUGUUAGAUCUUCCAUUUCUGCUGUAUGUCUGCCAAAGCAGCCCCGCUAUCUGGAAGACUGCCUUGGAAAUAGAUUCAUGAUUUGUUGAAAAGACUCUCUUGCCCCUGCGCUCAAAGUGUUUUUUAUUCGUUCCCCUCAGAUGAUCAGACCAUGUAAUACAUUUUCCGAUAAUCAACUUUAAAACAAGAGCAUGUCUCCCUCCCCAUAAUGAUAUGCAAAGAUGGCCCAUUUGAAAGCUUCCAGGUUUUAACAAUCAGCUCCGCAGCUUUUAAAGGCAUCGAGUUCAGAUGAAAUGUUUCACUGUUGUAUCAUUGGAGUAAUUCUUCCUGUAAUAAAAGACUCUUUUUUUUGUA